UACACACACCCACACACAGUUGAUGUGUGGGUGAGUAAACACAACUGGCCUAUAAAUAUAAAUUGCAGUCCAUGUAGCAGGGAUUCCUUUGCACUCGCUCGCCCAGUCGAUUCCUCUGGCUCCCUCUCACUUUGUACACACCCCCAGCAGGUAAUUUCCCUGCAAGUUAAAAGUUUGCAGUUGUGCUUUAGGCUGUGACUUUCAGGUUAAUUGUUAAAAAGCCUGGGAGGGUUUUCUGUGACUGUCCUCAGAAAGGGAAGCAGAUUUAAGGGGUGCCCUCCGCUCCUCUGUCUUCGGGUAGCGCCCGGGACAAAGGGUCAUCGCUCAUCCUGAGCAGAACCAGAGCUGAACCGCGUCCACCAUCAACCAGUCCAGUCUCAGCCUCUGGUCACCAGAGCAUCUCCGCCACGCUAUGUCCAACUCAGUGGGAAGUUUACCAGACGGGACAGUGUACGGGCCCCGGAUCGGGAUGACAGAGGACUCCCUCGCCAUCCUGGAGAGAAACAGGGGCUCCGGGGACCCCUGGGACCUCGUGGAGACCAAACCUAACGUGGAGGCCCUGGAGCGUGGCCUGCAGGGCCUCUAUCCCUCGUGCUUCGACAUGCUUCUCACCGAAGAUGCGACGUGGCUGGUGAAGAUCUCGGAGGCCUCCCCGAUGGCGCCCGCACCCAUGACCCACCUGGAGUCGAGGGAGGAACCGGAGCAGUGCCCCGUCAUCGACAGCCAGGAACAGGGCCUCUCCCCCGGGCUGGAGGGCCAGGAGGAGGAGCGCUCUCUGGAGCAGGUGCAGAGCAUGGUGGUGGGAGAAGUGCUGAAGGACAUCGAGACGGCCUGCAAGCUGCUCAACAUCACCCCAGACCCCAUCGAGUGGAACGAGGGGAACGUGCAGAAGUGGCUGCUGUGGAUCGAACACCUGUACAGGCUGCCCCAGGCGGGGAAGUCCUUCCAGGAGCUGACGGGAAAGAACCUGUGUGCCAUGAGCGAGGAGGAGUUCCGCCAGCGGUCGCCGCAGUGUGGGGACACGCUGCACGCACACCUGGACAUAUGGAAGUCAGCCGCCUGGAUGAAGGAGAGACUUUCAGUUGGAGAAACCAAAACUACCGGCGUGGAGGAGCUUUGGUCUGAGGCCGACUCGUCCUGCUCCGGUCAGCCCAUCCAUCUGUGGCAGUUCCUCAGGGAGCUGCUGCUCAAACCUCACAGCUACGGACGCUGCAUCCGCUGGCUCAAUAAAGAAAAAGGUAUUUUCAAGAUCGAAGACUCGGCUCACGUGGCGCGGCUCUGGGGACUCAGGAAGAACCGACCGGCCAUGAACUAUGACAAACUGAGCCGCUCCAUACGCCAGUACUACAAGAAGGGCAUCAUCCGCAAGCCCGACGUGUCCCAGAGACUGGUGUACCAGUUCGUCCACCAGGUGUGAGGCUGCACCAGAGUGGGCAGCGGACGGCAACCUACAAAAAAAAGAAUCCAAAGGACACACACGAUGUCCCCGUCAUGCACUUGAACACUUGAGGUGACUGGGAACACGUGCACUGACCCACCACCCCCAAUGGUUCACACACUUCCACUGGCAGCGCUGGGAAACUGCUGCUGCUUAUCUGUGCAUGGGCCCGAGAGCAGGAGUUCAAACCAUGUGGAUGCAUUUUCUCUUUUUUUUUUAUCUUCCUGCUGCAGAAUGAAACACCCGCUGAUUAAAAAAACCCCAGAGACAAACUUUAUUAAUGCACUGCUUUUUCAUUUGCACGAUCUGCCUGUUGAUUCGAUGUGAUUCCCAGUUAUCCCUCACUAGGCAAACAGAGUCAGAGCUGGUGGCUCCUGCGUACCGGCUUCAGGAAAACGCCCCAGCGCUCGUUUGCUUUGUGUUCUUUUCAUUUGGCUCAUCUUGACCCUGUUUGAGUUGGAGCCAGUUUCUCUGCUGCCACAGUUUGAACGUGUGGUUUGGGAUUGUUUUACUUUUAUUCAGGGCUUGGUCCCGGUUGUUAAACAGUCAGCUCCCGUAACUCACCCACCACAGAACAGUCAUGCUUUCUCCUUCCUUAUCUGAAGUGUGAGAUCUUUUUGGAGGAUGCUUAAAAUAACUGUCGUGACUGUUUUCAUAAUGCAACUUCACUUCCUUCUUCUUCUUCUGCUGGAGAGGGAUCUAUUCCCUGAAAGCUGUUUUAACAGAGGAGCCGUUAUGUCGUAUGGUUUAUUCUGCUGUGUAAUGCAUUUUAUGUUAUCUUGGAGAAUCAAACUGCUUUAAAUAAAAUGUGUAGAAAAAAUAGAAAUUAAUAAUAAAACACACAAAACAAACCACGAAAUUACAAGUGAAUCUAUAUUCGCUCUAGUGGAUCCAUGAACGACAAUGUUAGCACACUGCUGAAAUAUCAAAGUAAUAAUUUGAAAGAUUAAAUGAAUAAACAAUAAAAAAUAUUCAUAUCUUCCUCAGCAUGAGCAGUAAUUCACUUUGUGUGCCUUUUAGUCAAUAUCUGUAAAUCACUUUAUCCGCUGUACCUUGUGUUUUAGUGCUAAUUAGCACUUUCUAAUAAAUGCUAACUCUAGGAUUAUAAACAUGAUGAAUGUUAUCUGCUUAACAAGAACAUGCUGGUGUUGUCAUACUGAUCAUGCUGCCGAUGUUAGGAUUAUUUAUUUAGUCUAUUUUCAUUCACCAGUCCAGUCAAGAUAAUGUCGUGACAAACAUCUGUCAUGCCAAACAGGACAGAGUCGGUUGUGUAAUCUUUGUAAUCUUUCUCUGGAUGUUGUUGAAUCAAAUUUGUCAUCGUGAAAAAUGCUACUGUAAAUAAAAACAAAACCCCUCAUGUUAAAAUAAUGGACAAACACAAAUAAUAAAAAGUAUAUCGAAUACGUUUUCUAUUUUGAAAA